UCCCCGCUCCGCCAUGAGCUGCUCGGCGGACGCCGUGAAGGAGAAGCUGCUGUGGAACGUGAAGAAGGAGGUAAAGCAGAUCAUGGAAGAAGCUGUCACCCGGAAAUUUGUACAUGAAGACAGCAGUCACAUCAUCGCCUUAUGUGGUGUUGUGGAAGCGUGUCUCCUGCACAUGCUGAAACGCAGGGCUGCCGGCUUCCUGCGGACUGACAAGGUGGCUGCGCUCUUCACCAAAGUGGGCAAGACAUAUGCAAUAGCUGGAGACGUAUGCAAGAAAGUGCAGGAACUGCAGCAGCAGGUAGAAAGCAGGAAAAGUCAGCCAAAUGGGCAGGAACCCCUCAAGAGGCAGGGAUCAGCCACGAGCAAAACACCGGUCCUGUCGCCUCAGGCCAUCAAACACAUAUGGGUUCGGACAGCAUUGAUUGAGAAGGUGCUUGACAAGAUCGUGCAGUAUAUUGUCGAUAACUGCAGUAAAUAUUAUGAAAAAGAAGCUUUACUGGCAGAUCCUGUUUGUGGCCCAAUACUGGCUUCUCUUCUAGUCGGACCAUGUGCUCUGGAGUACACCAAGCUGAAAACAGCAGAUCACUAUUGGACAGACCCUUCAGCAGAUGAGCUUGUUCAACGACACCGCAUUCAUGGAGUACACGGCCGCCAAGACUCUCCUUCAAAGCGCCCAGCCCUGGGAAUCCGGAAACGACAUUCAAGUGGGAGCACGUCAGAAGAUCGCUUUGCUGCUUCGGCAAGAGAGUAUGUGGAGUCUUUGCAUCAGAAUUCCCGAACACACCUUUUGUAUGGGAAAAACAAUGUCUUAGUCCAGCCGAAAGAUGACUUGGAGGCAAUUCCUGGGUAUCUCUCCCUUCAUCAGUCAGCAGAUAGUUUGACAUUAAAAUGGACUCCAAAUCAGCUGAUGAAUGGAACUCUUGGAGACUCAGAGCUUGAGAAAAGUGUUUACUGGGACUACGCGUUAAUAGUGCCGCUCAGCCAGAUCGUCUGCAUUCACUGCCAUCAGCAACAAAGCAGAUGGACAUUAGUCUUGGUGAGUCAGGAUGGAACUCAGAGACCUCCGCUGCACUUCCCCCAAGGAGGUCACCUCCUCGCGUUUCUUUCCUGCCUGGAAAAUGGUCUUCUGCCUCGUGGUCAGCUGGAACCACCGCUUUGGUCCCAACAGGGCAAGGGUAAAGUAUUUCCAAAGCUUCGAAAACGGAACAGCAACAAAUCAGUGGACCUAGAGGAAAUGCCAGCUGAAGACACUUCCACAGACUAUGUGUUCAGAAUUAUCUAUCCAGGACACAAGCAUGAUAACAACACCAGCGAAAUGAUAGAGAUGCAAGGCUUUGGGGCAAACUUGCUUUCGUGGCAGCUGGAGCACUGCAGCCAAGGCUCCUCACGUGUCUCCUGUUCAACGGGCAGCUCUCCGUACGAUAUACCCAGCUGCUGCAACUGCAUCCAUGAUAGAACUCCGUUAAAGAUGUUGUGUGAAAGCAUGAAGAGGCAAAUCGUUUCCAGAGCCUUUUAUGGAUGGCUUGCCUACUGCCGCCAUUUGUCAACAGUGCGAACCCAUCUGUCUGCCCUCGUGAACCACACUAUUAUCCCACCUGACAAACCAUCCAGCGCCGCAGGGGGCCUGACUAAAGAGGUCUGGAGCAAGUAUCAGAAGGACAAGAAGAAUUACAAGGAACUCGAACUACUAAGAAGAGUUUACUACGGCGGGGUACAGCAUGAGAUUCGAAAGGAAGUAUGGCCAUUCUUGUUAGGUCACUAUAAAUUCGGCAUGGCCAAAAAGGAAAUGGACCAGGUGGAUGAAGACAUUGCUCUCCGGUAUCAGAAGGUCAUGGCUGAGUGGAAAGCCUGCGAGGUCAUUGUAAAGCAGCGAGAGAAAGAAUCGCAUUCUGCCACGCUGGCAAAGUUUUCGUCGGGCAGCAGCAUUGACAGCCAUGUCCAGCGACUGAUUCACAGGGACUCCACCAUCAGCAACGAUGUCUUUAUAUCCGUGGAUGAAACGGACUCAGCGGAGCGGGACUCAAAAGGUCAGGACGACCCCACUUUCACCGUGGUGUCUGCCGACACACCGGCAGCAGUAGCUGCUGUAGAGCAACAGUCUGUGGAGUUUGUCCCCGACUCUGGGCUGCCAUCCUCGAGGAACUACUCUGUGGCCUCGGGCAUCCUGUCCAGCAUCGAUGACGGGCAGAGUGUCUCCUUUGAAGAUGGGGCUGAAGAAGAAACUAGCGCUGACUUGGAAAGGACUGAUCCAGACAUACCACGUAUGCCGCAAGCCAAGUCAGUUGUGCUGCAGUCUCAGGAUUCUGUAUCAGAAGAGCAGCUGUGUUCCCAGGUGGAUUAUUUAAUGGAUGUUGCUUCUGUCUGCGCUGCAUCCUACACAAUAGAAUUAUUGGACACUGUUGCCUUAAAUUUGCACAGAAUUGAUAAGGAUGUCCAGAGAUGUGAUCGGAAUUACUGGUAUUUUACUGCCGAUAACCUGGAGAAACUCCGAAAUGUCAUGUGCAGUUAUGUUUGGGAGCACCUAGAAGUUGGUUAUGUUCAAGGCAUGUGUGACCUCCUGGCUCCUUUGAUGGUUAUACUUGACAAUGAUCAGCUGGCUUACAGCUGCUUCAGCCACCUGAUGAAGAGGAUGAGCCAGAACUUCCCCAACGGAGGUGCUAUGGACACACACUUUGCCAACAUGCGGUCCCUAAUCCAAAUUCUAGACUCAGAGCUUUUUGAAUUGAUGCACCAGAAUGGAGAUUACACUCACUUUUACUUCUGCUAUCGCUGGUUCCUGCUUGACUUUAAAAGAGAAUUGUUGUACGAGGAUGUAUUUACAGUGUGGGAAGUUAUUUGGGCAGCAAAGCACAUCUCUUCAGAACAUUUUGUCCUUUUCAUUGCCUUAGCACUUGUGGAAGUUUAUCGAGAGAUUAUCCGUGAUAACAACAUGGACUUCACUGAUAUCAUCAAGUUUUUUAAUGAAAUGGCAGAGCAUCAUAAUGCCGAGGAAAUUCUGAGGAUAGCAAGAGACCUUGUCUACAAAGUGCAGACCCUGAUUGAAAAUAAGUGAUAAUGAACAGACUGUCACUGUGGGCCUUGUUGUGAGCUAUCGGAUGGAGCAUUUCUUGCACUGUAACUUCAAAAUGGUGUUUUAAUUGCAUCUUCCAUGUAAUGUAAUAAAUAUCAAAGAGAUUUGUAA